AUGGCAGAGAACAUGACAGGAAACACGGUAGAGAACAUGACAGAGAACCCAGUAGAAAUCACGACGGAGAACACGGCAGAAAACUCGACGGAGGAUAUGGCAGAGAACCCAGCAGACUUACCAAAGGGAGAGCGCAUUGAACUAGCCAUCGCAGAAUGCCAGAAAGAAAAUGGAAUCAGCGCCAGGAAAGCCGCAAAGAAAUACAACGUAGCUCCAUCGACCGUUACUCGAAGGUUGAAUCAUUCAGUCCAGUCUGCAUCAGUAGCACAUCAAUCUCGUCAGCGGUUAACUCCGCAAGAAGAAAAGCUCAUCAUUCGGAAAGCGCUCCAGCAUUAUGAGUCGGGCCUACCUCUUGGUAUCAGGCACUUGCAUGAAUUUGCAAACGAAAUCCUCUGUAGCAAAGAUACAGAGGCGCCUGAGAUUGGCCACAACUGGCAUCGAAGGAUGCUUGCAAGGAACCCAUCCAUCAAACGAAUUUUAUCACGGCCCCCAGCCCGAGUACGGACAGCUAAGCUCAUGCGGAAAGAUACAUUGGACGAGUUCUUUGCGCUGUACAGUGACCUACGUAAAACCCAUGCGAUCGCGUCCACCGAUGUGUACAACAUGGACGAAAAAGGCCUUCUGACAGGAGCAAAUCAGCAAUCCAGCGUGCUGAUCCCGAUGGAGAAAAGGCAAGCGUACAUGCGGCAGGAAGGAAACAGACAGUGGGCUUCGGUUUUGGAAUGUAUCUCGGCCGACGGUGAAGCUCUACCAGCCUGGAUGGUCUUCAAGGUCGUCAACCAACCAAAUAGCGGGUUCAAGCAUCUCGGGACUGGAGAAUCGAGCAUUGCAAUCAGUGAAAAGGAGUGGACAAGUAAUGUGUUAGCACUACACUGGUUACAAGAACAUUUUCAUCCUUUGACAGAAAAGCGAAGGCACGGCGAGUACAGGAUGCUCAUUGUUGAUGGUCAUGGUUCGCAGUGUACACCCGAGUUUGUCGAUUUUUGUGUUAAAGCCAAGAUCAUUCUUCUCAUUCUACCUCCACAUAAUACUCGACUUGUCCAGCCCCUCGACGCGGGUACACUUCAGCCACUAGUACAAGGCUACAGCAAUUUCCUUGAUGACCACAAAAGAUUCUGCAAGACGUGGUUGAACAAGGAAGAUCUUAUCAAAUACUACCAACUCGCCCGGAAACAAGCAAUCAACAAUGCCAACAUCAUGGCAGGAUGGAAGAGAACAGGUCUCUUUCCCUUUAACCCACAGGAAGUACUUCAUCAGCUACCAAAUCUGUUUUCAGGGCCUUCUCGGAGUCCUGGGGCUUCCUCAGAACCUCCCGAAGAUCCGUUUUAA